GACAGCAACACUCAAAUCCACAGCAACAGCAAGCAGCAUCAGCAGAACCACCAGCAGCAGCACCACAGUGGCGGCGCUAACUCUAAUGCGGUGAACAACAAUAGCAACAACAACAGCAGCUCCAGUAACACUGCAAACAACAAUAGCCACAGCGCGCAACAGAUGCAAGGAGGCCCACCCCCCAAGGGCCAGCGGGAACCGAACUCGGGAGGCCGGAACAGGGGAGGUCGUGGUGGAGGUGGAGGCGGAGGUGGAGGUAAGCAUAAACAAAAUCAGAAUCAGGCAGCUGCAGGCGGCGCCAUCAAUUCUAACAGCGGCGGCAACAAAGCUGCCGAACUUCACCACGGAGGUGGGGGUGGAGCUCCACCGGUGUCCUCGGCUGUUGUGGCGCCAAAGGAGGGCCUGGUCAAUGGGUCCUCUUAG